CAGAGCUUUAGCAUGAAAGGGCAACAGGUGAGCUCUUCUGUUUUGGAGCAAUGGAUGCCAACAUUGGAAACAGAGGCAGAGCCAGAGGAGUGAGAAUAAGAGGAGGAGGACGGGGAGGACGAGGACGAGGACAAGGAAGGGGAAGGCCAAGGACCGUAAUCUCUGAUGAGAUCCGAGCCACUUUGGUUGAUCAUGUGGUCAACCAUGGUCUAACAAUGAGGGAAGCUGGGCAAAGAGUACAGCCAAAUUUGAGCAGGUACACUGUAGCAUCCAUCAUCCGGACUUUCCGAAAUGAGAAUAGAACUGAAAGAUUACCAACACAAGGUGGUCGGGAACGUCUUCUGUCUCCUGAACAGGAAACUGAAAUAAUCAACAUGGUCCUAGAAAAUAACGCCAUAACAUUACGGCAAAUACAAAGAAAAAUACUACAAAACAAUGAGAUGUUUCAAAACAUUGAUAGGGUAAGCUUAUCAACACUGGACCGUGUCUUGCGCAGAAAUAAUCUGAGGAUGAAGCAGGUCUACAGGGUGCCAUUUGAACGCAAUUCAGAAAGAGUCAAAGAAUUGCGACAUAACUAUGUGCAAAGAGUCCUUGAGCUAGAGGUGGCUGCAGUGGAGCACCAGUUCAUCUUCACUGAUGAGGUUGGAUUCAACCUCAUCAAAAAGACGAAAGAGGGGAAGGAAUAUCAUCGGCCAGCGUGCCAUUGUUGA